CUAAAUUACAUGUUUACUUAUACUUUUUCGUAAAACACGCGUAAUUUGGGUGCAAAUAGUCGUGUGUUAGAACUGCCUCCAAAAUGUGGUUAAAAGUGAUUUUACUUUCCGUUUUCGGAUUCACCAGCUCGCUGACCACCUCAUUCGACCUGGGCGGGGUGCUAUCAGGAAACCGUAUGGCAGGAGUUCCCCUGGGCCGUUCCCUGGGCAACGGGGAACUGGACGUGGAGGGCAUAUGCACGGCCCCUGGUGUCGCCUGCGCGAAUUGUUCCCUGGCUGUCACUUGUGUACCCCUGCCUGUGGGGUACCUGAAGGUGCCUCUACAAUCCUGCAAUAAUGGUCAAACCUGCGACGCCCGCCUCGGCCAGUGUUCAGACACGCCAGUGCCAGAGUGCCAGAAGGACAGCCAGGAGUACGAACAUACCUGUGAACAAGUGGGCAUAUUCCCGGACGCGCACGACUGCAGGAAGUUCCACCUAUGCUCCCCGCCUGAGGGUUCACCCUUCGGUAGACCAGCAGACCACAGGACCGCGUUGUGCCCACGACACUUCGGGUACGAUCCCCGAACGGCACAGUGCUCGGUGAAACUAGAAAAGGGGCAAUGUAGCGAGAAACCUGUGCCAAACUGCCACUUCGUGGGCCAGAACGGACCCCUGCCAUCCAGUCCCAACCACUACUACGUCUGCCUACUGAAGAAGGACCAACUUUACCCCCAGGUAUUCCUCUGUCCCCACGGCUGGUACUAUUGGAGCGAGUUCUGUCACCCUGAACCAAAAGUUGAUGAAAGCACAACUCCUAAUGGCCUCACCGAUUCACGAAGUGCUGCAACAGAAGAAAUUCCUACAACUACAGAAGUAAAGAAAGAAGUCAAAGAAGCUAAAGAAGUCAAAGAAGAGAAAGAAGUCAAAGAUGAAGCUAUUCCCAGUUGGAUAGACACUUUCUUCUCUACAGAAAAGGCUACAACUUACAAAGCUGACGCGUUCCUAGCUGAUAAGUAUGACUUAAUGAACUAUGAAAGUACGGACGAACUGAUGCCACCUUCCUACGAUUUUGGGAACGUGUAUGAAAGAAGUGAAGAAGAAUUUUGGUAAGAUAUUAUACCUGAAAAACAACUCACAUUGGUUCUUGAUAAAGU